AGAGUAAAUAAUUUUUGGGCAGUUAUCACUAAAAGGUACGUGAGUAAAAAGCAACCAAGACUUCUAACACCAUCGGAAUCCACGAGACAGUAUUUAUCAAUCCAACCACGGUCAUAACACAUCUUUGUUAAUGCACUACUGAAGAAGUAUGAGCCUGGACGGUGCAGCCCUCCCAGUGACCCUAGAGAGUUUUAAGACCACAACGGAUACUCCAGGGGAAAAGGGCUACUGAUGGUAUCUGCCACAAGAUGUUAAGGCUUAACCACAAGCAAUUCCGACGAUAUGUUCAAAUUCCAAGGCCUUAUUUCUCUAGACACAUAUCUUCUUCAAAGAGUUGCCUUACCAGGCUGGGAUGGGGCGGGGCUGGUGGAGUUUCAGUCUUCACUUUUCCUAAGACAUAAUACUGCAAACCCCAUAUGAGAUAACGGAAAAUGGGUGUGCAAGUUGUUUGCUGACGAAAAACUGUACGUCUAUGGGCACAAAGUAGGGACUAAACACACAACCAUGCAUUACACCCUAAAUUCCCGGAAGCCCAUCUCUGCUGAUAUUAUGGAACGAGCUCUGAAGCACUUGACCAGGGGAUUCCCUCCUUAUCACCUCAGAAUUAGAGAAAGAGAUGGUGAUCUAUGGUUUUUCAAAUCAGAUGGUGAUGUUAAGCUCGAUAUCAAGGUGUGUGAAAAGGGAACACCGAAGCAUCAAGCUAUCGAUGAGAUUUGUCGACCUUUUGAUGAAGCGAAUGGUCCAAUGAGCAGGUACGUAAUGAUUCCAGCUGAUGACAAUGACCCUUGCCCUUUUCCCGACUUGAAGACGAAAUACCCUUACCAGUAUUAUUUACUCGGCUGUCCACACCAUGCAGUCACUGAUGGACUUUCUGAAACGUUGUUUGCGAGUCACAUACCAAGUAUGCUAAGUACCAUCUUGGAGGGUAAAGAGAUAGAUGACUCUCCAUUGGGCGUGUACAAAUCCAAUGAAGAGUGUAUAAGCAUUUACGAGCAAUAUGCACAAGAAUUUCUUCAAAAUCAUGAUGAGCUGACACACUUGAAAAACGAGAUUUCAAGAGCAAACAAGCAGCCACUCCUUCUCGAAGCUUUUCCACCUCCCAGGGUAGAAACACCAUGUACUCGACAUAUUAAGACGGAAUUGGAUGCAACUUCUGUCAAAAAAAUCUCGGUAAAGUGCAAGGAGAGAGGAAUCACUUUUGGAAAUGCCUUUCAAGGCAUUACAACAACUGCCUUAGUAGAACUGGUGCAGGAAGCUGGUGUGAUUAAAGAUGCUUACGACAUUAGCGUUUUGUACACAGCUGAUAUACGCCGUUAUUUGGAGAAAGAAGCCAAACCGAUUUUAGGAUUACACAUGAGGAAAAUGAACGCAGUGUAUUCAGUUGAUAGAAAUGUCAGGGAUCAGUUCUGGAGCAAUUGCACCAAGAUUCAAUCGCUGAACCGAGACCUCCUGAAAAACAAGUCCAUAAUCAAACAAGAAGUUGUUCGUCAAUUAUUUUUGCCUUACACUCUGCCUGAGGAUUUCUACAAAUCUAAGCCUGAAUUAACAGUGGAUUUUCAGUACAAUAACAUUGGAAAUGUGAGAGACCUUGGCAGCAAUGAACAUGUCAUUUUUACAAAUGCAGAAAAUUACUUCCAAAUACACCUUUCCAAGUUUCCAUUUUAUCAUCAGCUGUUCAGUUUUAAGGGAAACGUGAUAAGCAUUCUCAGUUAUGCUACAGAUUCAGUAACAGAUCAAACAGCUGUAGCGCUUGUCGAGAAAAUUAAAUGUGUUUUCAAACACUUCAGUGAAUAAAAUGACAAGUUUGGGUAAUUUUUGGAUGUAGUUUUGAGGAAAUUUUUUAUUGUGUGUUUUGUUUACACGACAUAUGCUAUAACCUUGAAAUUGAAGGUUAUGGAAUUUCUGCUGUCAAGCGCUGGAACACUUGGACUAUUCAGUGCUUAAGGGUUAGAAAAGGAGUCUGAGUAUUUAGACAGCAGCAUAAAAAGAUCCACAACAUAAAGAUGACGUAUGAAGACCUAAAUGUGAAACCGAGAGAAAACUCUUAUGUACGUUUGCUUAAUCAUAAGUUAAGGAGGGUAGGACACUAUCAUUGUAUGCCUCAUGUGUUGAGUAAGAUGUUACUUAAUUACUGCUCGAAAUCCCUUAUUGUGAACGUGUUUACAUAUUAAGUAUUGCCAACAAUUGCUAUGUAUGUAUAAGUAUUGCAAUUCUGUCCUCUGUUUGAUAUUGAAUUAGUUCUACCUUAUGUAUUAAGAAGAGAGUGUCAUUGUUGGCUAAGUUCUGAUAUUUGUGACAUCAACGUAUUGUCCAGUUUUGACCUGUGUUGUUACAGAAAAAGACAAACCAAACCUAUUUUGGGGCUACACAUAAGGAAAAUGACAGCAGCAUAUUCUGUUAAUGGAAAUCUCAGUGGUCAGUUCUGGAGUAAUUGCAUUUAGAUUCAAUUGCUGAACCAAUAGCUCAUCAAAAGCAAGUCCGUAAUGGAACAAUAAGUUGUUCAUCAAUUAUAUUUUCCAUUUACUCCACCUGAGGAUUUUUAGAAAUUUAAGCCUGAGUUAAUAUCUGAUUUUCAGUACAAUAACGUGAGGAAUUUGUGAGACCAUGACAACACUGAACAAGUAACUCUUAACAAAUGUAGAGAAUUGAUUCCAAGUACAAUUUCCCAAGUUUUCAUUUUAUCAUCAGCUCCUCAGUUUAAAGGGUACAGUGAUAACCAUUCUCAGUUAUGCUGCAUAUUUUGUAAUAGAUGAGACAGCUUUUUCUCUUGCAGAGAAAAUGAAAUGUUUGGGUAAUUCUUGGAUAAAAUUCUAAGAAAGUUUUUUUUAUAUAUAUAUUUUGUUUACACGACAUAUGAUAUAGGCUAGAAAUUAAAGUUUAUGGAAUUUAGGCUGUCCAGCUAAGCACUUGAACUAUUGGACCAUUCAGUCCUUAAGGCAGUGAAAAGAUGGCCUUGACAUAUUUUGACAGCAAGAUAAAAAGAUCCACAGAAGAAAGAUGACGUAUGGAGACCUAAAUGUGGAGUUGGGAGAAAACACUUACAAAUGUUUGCUUAGUUACAAGUUAAGUGGCGGAAGGUUGUCUUUCAUUUGACAGCUCAAGAUGUUAUUUAACUAGAGAGGGAAUUCUCGUAUAGUGAAUGUGUUCAAAUCUUGAGUAUUGCUUAGUAUUGCUUAGCAUAUACAAGUGUUCUAAUUUUGUUUUGAUAUUUUUUAUUAAUUCCUAUUUGAACUCCCUCAAACUACCUCACAGACUAUGAUUAUGUGAGUUGUACCUCAUGUGAGAGGAUGCGAUUACUUAUUGUCUGCUAAGCUCUGAUGCUCAAAUGUUGUUAGUUGUGUCGUUUACACGCUCAUGAGCUUCUAUUAUUUUCUCUUGUUACAAGCUACGAUGUAAUCAUCAUAAUAAACUGCUAAUGAA